AUGGCAGACGAAGGUGAGCAUAGCCGAAGUCCAGAUCAGUGUGCUCAAGCCGGACUAUGGGAAGUCGAACCACUCUACUACAGUAUACCUGGUCGAUCUGAUCGAAGCCGUCGAGGCAAGUACUUGAGAGUUUUAAUAGCUCUGCUUGACACUGGUGGAUUUGACAGCGAACGAAUGCGCUUAAUUCAGGCGUAUCGUAAACGAGCAGAUGGUGAGAUAUGUUGUUUCGAAGCACAUGAUGGAAUCAUUUACAAGCCCGGUGACAGUGUUUAUAUCGAGGCUACACCUUCAGACCCUUACAUCAUUGGGUCAAUUACUAUGUUCAAAAUGACGAAGCGGGAUAUGUUGUCUGUGAAAGUCACACGGUUUUUUCGACCGGAAGAUGUGCCAGAGGUUUCACUGAGUCUCAUUUUGCAAGAGCGAAUGGAAAUGGAUUUUCCCGAAGAGCCUAGUCCAGAGAUACUUUCACGUGAGCUGUUCACGUCCGAUAUCACUGCCUUCCAUUCUAUUUCCAGUUUACGGGGAAAGUGUAAAAUAGCCUUCGUGAAGGACAUACGAAGUCUUGGCGAUUGUGAUCUCAGCAGAGAGAAUACGUUCUUCUCUUGUUUAUCGUUCAAUCAGGAAUCAUCAAGGCUGGCGUCUGUGCAAGGAGAAAUCCGCGUCGGUGCCUCAUAUCAGGCAAAGCUCCCUGCUGAGGCGUCCUGCUCGGUGGCGGACGAUGCCGAUCGUGAUGAACUGCUGUAUCGGCCAGGAAUGAUAGACCCAUGCACCGAGGACAAAACACCGACAUACUCGUUUCAGGUGAGCGAUCUGUUAUUUGACGAUGCGCUGACUACAUUGCAUCGUUGUGGCUACAGGUUCGAUGAAGCACUUAAGGAAAUGAACGCGAAUGAUAAGUUGCUAUCGGCCGACGCCAAUUUCAUGACAGUCGAGGACACAAAAAAGUUCAGUAAAGGAAUUAAGACUAUCGGAAAGAACUUUGUGCGAAUUAGCCGCGAGCUGCUUCCAUUGCACAGCAGGGAUCAACUGGUUGGUUUUUACUAUCUCUGGAAGAAGACGUCAGAUGCCGUAAAGCCAAAGCCACUAUCUCGGCAACGGAAUCAAGUGACAUCAAUCAAAAGGACGGCCAAGGGCUCACAAAACAAGACGUCUCGACCUGCAUCAACGGAAUUGUUGGAUUACGCGUCAGCAAGUGAAAGUGAGAUGGAAGCGCUUGACGCAGAAAAGGCAACUCAGUACGCUUGUCAUCACUGUUACGGUUCAAAGAGUCGAGACUGGCAUCAUGCGGGCCGAGAUGGCUUACUGCUUUGCUCUGACUGUCGCCUUUUUUACAAAAAAUAUGGUCAAUUAAGACCAGUCGAUCGACCGUCCACAGUUCCUCCAUGCUUAUUCAAGCGUAGUCCAUCUAGCGUUGACGCCGAAGAAGAGAGCGGAGUAAAAACAAGGGCUGGAAAGAAAGAACGCCGAAGGUUUGUUGUUUCUGGUUUUCGCUCCUAG